AUGAGGCAAAAUUUUCUGCCAAUCCCUCCAAAAGAAUGUCAGUCAAUUGAUGAGAUUAUCAUUCCAUUCAAGGGUAGAUCUGGCCUCAAAGUUUAUAUGCCUAAAAAGCCACAUAAGUGGGGCUUUAAACUUUGGGGUCGAUCAGACUCAGAUGUAUGUAUGUAUGAUUUUGACGUGUACCAACCUGUUCCAGAUGACCAAGUCUCAGAGCUGGGACAAUCUGGCGGGGUUGUAGAAAAAAUGACUGAUUCAUUGCCAGAUGGGAAAAAUUUCAACGCCUUCGCUGACAAUUAUUUCUCUUCUGUUGCACUUGCUGAAGGGGGUUUUCCAAGGUUGGGCUUUCUAGGGUUAAACAACUUGUCAAUACACAAGGUUUUAUAUUAAAAGGUUUGAGCUUUAUCAUCUGUACUUUGAUCGCAUAUAUAAAAAUAAGCAAGCAAGCUUAUCGAGCAAGCUUAAUACAGGUAUGAUUGUUUUGACAGAUUUUCAAACUCAUGUUCUCAUGAAGUUGCACACUGUCAUAGAGAAUCAAAGAGAGAUGCUAACAUAUGUUCAUCAAAACUCUGGUAAGGAUGCAACUGGUGAUGCAUUGGAGGAACUUUUUACAAGGCCACUUGAUUCAGCAGAGGAAAUGGACAAGUUAUGUUUGAAAUUGAUGGGUGCGAACCAUAAUAAAAUUUUGGUAUGUGCAAACAUGUGUACACCUGUAACAUAA